CCCCCCAUUCAGCCACUAGCUGUAAUGUUCCUGUGUGUUUACUACUGUAUUUAGGAUAAGGACACGGUCACGUAUAUGCUCUGAGUCCUCAACAAAAAGUCUUGUUUAUAGUCAUUUUAAGGACACCUUUUAGGAAUCCGCCAUGCCCAAAAGAAAGCAACAGGGUGCUGAGGCUGAUGCAAAGGAAGAGCCUCAGAGAAGAUCCGCACGGUUAUCCGCAAGACCGGCUCCUCCCAAACCUGAACCGAAGGCAAAAAAGCCAGCUAAGAAAGACAAAGUGGUUAAAGACAAGAAAGAGGACAAAAAGAACAAGGGGAAGGCCAAGGAGUCUACAGAGCCAGAGGCCAAUGAGGAAAAUCACUCAGAAAAUGGAGACGCCAAGAGCAACGCGGUCGAGGAGACUCCAGCAGAAAAUAAGGAUGAAGCAAAGUCUGAGUAGCACCACUGCCUCACAUCAGCUGUCUUUCCCUGUCCAGUUCCCAUUUAUUUUUUUAUUUUUACCCCCCUUCCACCCUUCAGAGCGCUCUCACUCAUGCUGGUGCCCCUCUCUUCAAGGCAUAUUGUUAACAGAGGAAUAUUUUUAUCGAUGAUUUUAUAAGUAUCAGUACAGAUUUUUAGCACAAACUAAAGCUGAAUGCGGCGUACCUUGCAGAUCUGCAGCAGUAAAAUUUAGUUUCUGCAAGAUGAACACAGUAAAAUCUUUUUUUUUUUUUUUUAAAUGUCAUUUCAUGAGUGUCGAUAGCUUGUUUAGUCUAGUAAGAGCAUAAACACUUUACAGUUUUGAGUGCUUAUCCUGUUUGUUUUGUCCCCCCCCAUACGAACUAUUACCAUAAGUGAUUUUUUUUUCUUUUUUUUUUUUUUUUUUUAAACCUUAUAUAUGUGCAGUGAGUCUACUUGCUUUUGUCUGUUAUAUUUAGAUUUUUUUUUUUUCACUUCAAUGUAUUAUUCUUAGGAUGGAGGAAUACCAGGAAAAAAAAAAAACAUCUAAAAAAAAACAAAAAAAAAACAACAAAAAAACAUUCCAGGGCAGAGAUACAUGGCCUGAUCUUUUUCAACGUACCCUGCAUUAGUUCAAAAACAAUAUUUUAUCAAGAGCAGCUCAUCCAAGACUGUGCUGUUUAUGUCAAAUUUUUUAAACGAUGACAAUUUUUUUAGGAUGAAAUUCUAAUCUUUACUGAAGUAUGCAGGUGUUCAUGUACCCUAUCUGACGUUCUGGAUGUCUCUUAAUAAAUGAAAACCUUUGAAUUUUCCUCA